AUGAAGGAGGCACUUAGGCUGGGCCUUGAAACACCCGUGGAACCAGAGGUGGCGAUUCACCAAAUGAGAAUGACGCUAACCAGCCGCAACAUAAAAUCUUUGGGGAAGGUAUGUGCUGACUUGAUCAGAGGCGCAAAGGAAAAGAAUCUCAACGUGAAAGGACCAGUUUGGAUGUCUACCAAGACUCUGAGAAUCACUACAACAAAAACUCCUUGUGGUGAAGGUUCUAAGACUUGGGAUCAUUUUCAGAUGAGGAUACACAAACGACUCACUGAUUUGCACAGUCCUCCUGAGACUGUUAAGCGGAUUACUUCCAUCAGUAUUGAGCCAGGAGUUGAGGCUGAAGUCACCAUUGCAGACGCUUAAAUCAACCUCUUUAAUAAAUUAUCAGUUGCUAAAAAGAAAACCUCUAGACUAUACAUGAAAGGCCUGACCCACUCACUCCUAGAUUUUCUAGUUACAUGAGUCAGUAAAUCCCCUUUUUGUUUAAACUGACUUUAGAUUUCUAAUGCCUGAACCAAAAGCAUCUAAACCGAUACGCUAAGUUCCAGCCCCAGAUUUUUGGUCAUUACACUAUUCUGUUUUCUUUAAGACACUCUGGGAUGG